CCUGCUAACAGUUUAUCCUGAGGCAAACUCCUGAAGAGAGAAUUGCAGCUGAUAUCAACGCUGUCAACUCAACGCUAAGGAGACUGCAGACGCUUUGGAGUGUGUUCACCUCAGGAAAACCCAGAGGUCCUGCUCAUGUUUCAUCAUCCAGGUUUCUAGCUGUGACCCCACCAGGUGGUUCUCGCUUCAACACGAUGCUGCGCCUCGCCCUGUACCUUCAUCUCCUGGCCUUCUCGCUUGCAGAUCCAUCAGACCAGGGUGCAGUGCUUGACCCUUUUGAAGCAGAUAAUGCCACAGGUUUCGGCCCGGUGUUUGAGGAGCAGCCGGUGGACACCAUCUACCCCGAGGAGUCGCCCGAGGCCAGAAUUAUCAUGACCUGCCAGGCUAGAGCCAAUCCACCUGCCACAUACAGAUGGAUGCUGAACGACACGUACGUGGACCCGAACAGUCAUGACAGCCACUACAGUUUAUCGGGAGGCAACUUGAUCAUCACCAACCCCGUCAGAACAAAACACGUGGGGAAAUACUCCUGCUUGGCUACCAAUAUGUACGGCACGGUCGUCAGCCAAAAGGCGUCUGUGCAGUUUGGAUAUCUUGAUCUUUUUUCAUCAGAGGAGAGGCCGGCGGUGCUCGUCAAGGAGGGCCAGGGUGCAGUCCUGCUCUGCGCUCCGCCUCAUCAUUAUCCAGGCGAGCUGUCGUUUCGAUGGAUCCUGAAUGAAUUCCCCACCUUCAUCCCUCUGGACAAGCGUCGCUUUGUCUCCCAGAAAACGGGCAACCUUUACAUCUCCAAGGUGGAAUCGUCGGACAGGGGCAACUAUUCCUGCAUCGCCUCCAGCCCGUCCAUCUCUAAGAGCGUGUUUUCCAACUAUAUUCCCCUCAAGCUUCUCGUUGAACGCCCCAUCAGGAAAUACCCGGCCGACCUCAGAGUAAAGUUCCCAAACACCACUGCUUUGGUGGGACAGAACAUUGUCUUGGAAUGCUUCGCAUUGGGGAACCCGGUACCGGAGAUUCGCUGGCACAGGAUGGGCAGCACUUUACCACACAACCGCGAGGUGCGGAUGGCAGGCGCUCAGCUGCACCUCCUAAAUGUCCAGUUCGACGACAGCGGCAACUACAGCUGUGAAGCUGUUAACUCGAAGGGAAAAGACCACCACUAUGCAAACGUAUCUGUGGAGGCUCAUCCAGAGUGGGUGGAGCACAUUGUGGACACAGAGAAAGACCUGUACAGUGACCACACCAUGUCUUGCACUGCCAAAGGAGUGCCAAAACCUCAAAUCCGCUGGCUGAAAAACGGAGAGCCGCUUAAUAGAAAAGAGCUGAGGUUCAGCAGGCUGACAUCAGACGAUGCAGGGAUGUACCAGUGCAUAGCCGAGAAUCGCCAUGGAGUCAUCUAUGCCAACGCAGAGCUGCGAGUGUUUGUCGGGGCUCCAAAGUUUCUCCACAACCCAGUCAGAAGAGUGCUGGCACCCAAAAACGGCCGGGUGGUUUUUGAAUGCCGGCCCAAAGCCGCACCGAAGCCCACCUUCACCUGGAGCAAAGAAACCGAGCUGCUCUCUAACUCCUCCAGGAUUUUCAUCUGGGAGGAUGGGAGCCUGGAGAUCCUCAACGUGACGCCGGCAGAUGAGGGCAGGUACACCUGUUUUGCGGAGAACGACUGGGGAAAGGCCAACAUCACGCUCCCUCUGGUGGUCACAGAGUCCACAAAGAUCACAUUGGCACCCUCGAACGCUGAUGUUCACGUUAGGGACGACACCUGGAUGGAGUGCGCAGCAUCACAUGACCCGUCGGUGGACAUCACCUUCAUCUGGUCUCUGAAUGAACAAGAAAUAGAUUUGCACAAAGACAGCGCACACUAUGAGAGCAUCCUGAAUGGAAGUUCAAAUGCUAAGCUACUCAUCAAGAAUGCUCAACUGAGACAUGCUGGACGCUACACUUGCACUGCAAAAACCCAGGUGGACAACACCAGCGCUUCAGCCCACCUGGUUGUCAGGGGGCCCCCCGGAGCGCCUGGUGGGGUGCGAGUCGUUGAGAGAUCUGACAGGAGUGUCAAGCUGCAGUGGAGCCGUGGAGCAGACAACCACAGCCCCAUCUCCAAGUACACCAUUCAGUACAGAGAUCAAUUCUCGAAAGAUGUCUGGAAGAACGCCACAACAUCGCCUGCUGAUAUCGAGGGGAAUGCAGAGACAGCUAUAGUGGUGGAUUUGUUCCCUUGGACAGAAUAUGAGUUCAGGGUCAUAGCCACCAACACUCUCGGGACGGGGGACCCAAGCAGACCGUCGGACAAAGAGAAAACCCAGGAAUCGGUUCCUGUGGUGGCACCCUCAGAUGUCGGCGGGGGCGGAGGGGCCAGCAGAGAGCUGACCAUCACAUGGACGCCAGUCCAGCCUCAGUACUACUAUGGGGAUAAUUUUGGCUACAUCGUGGCCUUUAAACCCCAUGAAGGAAAAGAGUGGAACAGGGUGGCAGUGGCUGACCCCGAGGCCAAGCACUAUGUUCACAAAGACCCUAACAUCCCCCCUAAGACAGAGUUUGAAGUCAAAGUUAAAGCCUUCAACCGACAAGGAGAGGGACCGUACAGCCUAACAGCCAUCGUUUACUCUGCCCAGGAUGCUCCGUCCAAUGCUCCCGAAAUUCUUCAGGGGAAAGCACUUUCUGCCUCGACGGCCUCUGUCUCCUGGGUGCUUCUGUCAGAGAGUAAUAUAGACGGAUACCAGGUGAGGUACUGGAGACAAAACGGAGACAGUGAAGGUGAAGACCGCAUGAUGGUAGUGGUGUCAGGAAAGGAAAACCACACAAGGCUGGAGGGUCUGAAGCCCAGCUCAGACUAUAUCAUUGAGAUUCGAGCUUACAACUCUGCCGGAUACGGACCGCCCAGCAAGUACAUCAAGAUCCACACCAAGAAACCUCCUCCAGAUCGACCUCCAAAAAUAAUAGGCACAAAACUAAAGGGCCAGCUUGUAAGUGUUGCCUGGGAACAUGUGGAACCGCUUUCCAAUGAGUCCUUAAGAGAAGGGUACAGGGUGCUGUACAAGAAGAAGGGCGAAAGUACAGGCACACUGUACUCAACCAAAGAUUCCCACAUAGAUCUUCCCCUGCAUGCGAAUGGGGUAGAAUAUGUGGUAGAAGUCCGGGCGCACACAGAGGGAGGAAAUGGGGCUGUGGCACAGAUCAGCAUCCCUGGAAACUACAGUGGAGCCAUCAUGUCCUCCUCGUCUCUUAAUGUCCUCCCAAUGCUCCUCUUGGCUCUCCUCCGCCUGAAUCUCUGAAUGUAGCACCAUCCUUGUCUUCUCUUGUUUGGGAUGAUGACUGCUUGUGGUUGCUAGAGGUUCACACCUAUAAGGAUCCAAGACCCUUUCCACAACAUUCUAAUCCAGAGCGUCAACUUCCAGCUCUUCCCCUGUGGGAUGUGUUUGUGGAAAAUGGACACGGAAAUGGGAAAACAAUUGGAAAAUGGACAAAGCCGUUCCUUAUUUAUCCACUAAAGGCCUCUCUGAAGGAAUCUCAAAGGAGUUCUGUCAACUUAAAAUGCCUUACAUAAACGAUUGCUCUUAUCUUUCACAGUGACUUGUUUCCAAAUGGGUCAUGAUCAAAAUUGUAAAUCCUACAGUUUUGCAAGUGUUGCCUGCUCAGUCCCCCCCCCCCCCCCCCGCCCCCACCCCUCUUUAUUUCCCAUCUCAAACCAGAUACUUCUAAUAUAAAAAUGCUGCAUUUUCUGACUACUUUUUAACUGGGAUGUUUUUAAAAAUCAGUUCUUCACUGCAUUCCCUUGCAUAAGGUCAACAUAUAGCUGUGAAGGGCAAGUGUAUGAGUUUAUAAAAAUGACAAACUUUGUCUUUUAUUAAUUUUUAGCUCAGUUUUUUUAAUAAUCACUGUCUUAGAGCGAUACAGUCAAAGCAAAUCUCAAAUGCUUGUGCAGUGGAUUUUAUCCAAUUUUAUUCAACAAUUUAUUUCAGGAUGAAUUAAUAUAUUGAAUGAUUGAUAUUGUAUUGUUAUACUUAAUAUACCUUGCUGUACUGAUCAUAUGUGAAGCGUGUAGCUUCUGUUUUAGCCCAUACCAUAAACUCUGGUAAUCCUAAUACCAAAGUGUGAACAUUGAUGUGACAUGGUAGUGAAAUAGAAAUAUUCGGGGAGUUCAGUACAUGCAAGAAUCUGAAAAAGGUGUUUAAAUGAGCAGUUUCGAAUGCACCUCCAGAUCUAAAGCUGAUUUGGCCCAGCUGUGCAGUGAUCUCAGCUUUUCCACAGGUUUUGGCUAACGUCGAGAAAAAACGAAAAGAGAACAAUCUCGACCUACUUUGUUUUGACUGUAUCAUUAGAUCGUCGGUGGUGCUUUGUAAAGAAUGUUAGCACUUCAUUUAAUGUAAGCGAUUUUCAUUUCAUGUCGCUCAUCGUCGGCUAAUAACGGUAAAAGUGAAACAGUAGCGCACCUCAUGCCCUUCUGUAAAUGUGCAAUGUAUGAUUGAACUGUGGCAACUUCAUGUUAUCUAACAGGACUAUUUGCUGAGCUUCUGUAAGAAGAGUCACGUUUAAUGCAUUUUUUUUUCAUUAUCUGAUAUAAGCAAAAGGUAAGCAAAGCCAUCUCUAUCAACGGCGAGAGCUCAUCAGAAGCUCAUGACGUUGUUUCGAAUGCAUUAGUUAAGUGUUUUUAUUAACAUAUGAGCAGAGUUUUAUGGACAUUAUCACUUGUCUUUUUUUAUUGUUAUAAUUGUACAUUUUGACCCAAGUCCAGUUGGUCGAAAUUUAAAAGUUUAUGUCCCUCAAAUGGAGGAACAAAUGCUGCAUUUUGAGUUCCUCUGAAUCAUUUUGUUGUACGACGGAUGCUGGCCAUGCUUCUACAUUGUGACAGUAACAGUGUCCACCACAAAGUGCUUUUCCUGGUUUUAUCUUCAUGCCACAAUAGAUUAAGGUAAAAAAAUUGCCAAAUGCAUGAAUGCCUUGAACUUUUGACAUUUCAGACGUGGCUGUGGCCCCGCAUAAUACCAUGCAUGAGAUUGGAGACAAAAUGCAAACAUUGUGGUAACUUUUAAGACUAUUGUUAAACACAUUCCAAUCCCGAGUGGCAUCCUAUUAGGCCAGAGACCGCAUAGAUCUUAGACUAAUAUGUGCAUUAGCUGCUAAGGAUCAACAGGCCAGUCAUCUCAUGUGAGGCCCUCAGUAGAAGUCCUUUAUUAAAGAGAAAAAAAUGUAAACGGACUGAAGGCAUCUCACUCUGCUGAAGAACGGUCUUGGGGUCUCCUGCACACUUGAUGGAUGGGAUUUGGUUGCAUCAUUGGUGGUACUGACAGCUUUCUGGCUGUCUGCUGGAAAUCAGUACUUUGAUGUGAAAUGGCAUAUAUUAGGGAUGAAACUGAAAGCUCUCAUUGACUGGACAAGGAACAAUAAAGGUGUAGUUAACUAUGA